ACCCACUAGCCUACAACCUUAACAAACACCCCCCACUAUUACAUUCACGCCCUCUAUCAUUCAACUUACUUCACUUUUAUUUCUCCAAAUCACCACCACUGCAAUGGAACAAGAGAAGCCCCACCACCACAGCUUCCACCACCACAAGGACGACGAAAAGCCCGUCGAUGCCGUUGCCUGUACCGAGACUAGCAAGAGCACAACCGUCGUGGCGGUUGAGGAGCCAACACAUGAUCAUGAGAGGAAGAGGAAAGAGUCCAAGUCCCAUGAGCACCUCGGUGAGCUUGGUGCUGCUGCUGCUGGCACUUUUGCCUUGUAUGAGAAGCACGAGGCAAAAAAAGACCCAGAGCACGCCCACAAGCACAAGCUAGAAGAAGAAAUUGCGGCUGCAGCUGCAGUUGGUGCUGGAGGGUUCACGAUCCAUGAGCACCAUGAGAAGAAAGAAGCAGAGAAAGAAGAGGAAGAGGCCAAGGGAAAGAAGCACCCGUAAUCUUUUUAUCUCAGUUCUGACUGAUCGUCUUUAACUAGUCGGGCCAAGCGAGCAACUACCCUAAAUAAGUACUUGUGUGUUGUUGGUGUGUGUUUGUUUGUUUUAACUUCUGAAUCUUCAAUCCGUUUCCCACGACCUACUGAAAGAGGUGCUUUCUGGUUCUCUUCUCAUGUGAUGGCCGGGGAACCAUGUUGUUUGUUAACCAAAAUACUGUGUGAGAUGCCAAACUUUUGGUAUUGUUUUCUCUUGUAUUUUGCCUAGCCAGCUUUUUGUGCUAGUCGUCUCCCUUGCAUUUAUAUCUUUCGUGGAUUAAUACAAGAUUUCUUUUGCCGAUAA